AUGGUUAGUGACGUCUUUGGAGCUGGUGUUGGUGUUCGCCAAGAUCCUUUCCAUGUCGUUCAGCGCUUCACUGAAAAAGUUAAAGACAAGACCGAGAAAAAACUUUUGGCCAAGCGAUUGCACGACUCGAUUUAUGAUGUUGACGGAUGUCUACGCUCUCCAGCUCAAAUGUCCGAGCGUAUUAAAGAAGCUGUGGGCUCUGUUUCGUCCAGACACCUCAAUUGCAGCGAUCACGAAUGGACGGGCACGUUGAAUAACAACCUGGAGCAGAUAAAACGAGGGGGCCUGUACGUAGAGAAUAAUACCUACAAGGAGGGUGGCGGCCCAGCAAUCCGAACCGCAAGCUGGUGCCGUGGUGUAGUUCCAGACUCCCCCCAACUUGAGUUUGUAUCGAAGCUCCUAUCAGAGCCGCAUCCACGGCCACAGUACCGCUCCGUAACGGAUCAUGACUUUGGAUUCGAGCAGUGGGGCCAGCUAUUCGAGACAGCUCGCGUCGACUCGGCAGUGCUAGAGGUGAAUCUCCAUCAAUCCCAUCAACACAGCCGUAAUAUCAAAGAGCUUCUCUCCAGACAGGCUGUGUUCUCCACUACGAGUCGCCUUCCAGAAGCCAGCUUCUUUUAUUCGCUACGCCUCUCCCAACUCGAUUACGAAGCAGCAGCAGGGUUUUCAUUGGAGGAACUUGCGCUGCUAAGGCAGCUUCGACGAGAACAAGCCAAAGCUGCAGGCCAGCACGAGUUGCGGGUAAACCAUCUUCCAAAUGAUCAAGUAAGUCUAGGCAAGCAGCUUAAUACGGGGCAGCCGAAGCUUGCUGAGAGUUGGGCGGAAUGUCCUCCGGUCACCACUAUCAUGUACAACGUCGUCGUUGGUUCGAACCUCAACAAGAAGCUCAAUCUACGGAGGCGCAGCUACGCCACACUGGCACCGAAAAUCUCGAAGAAGGAGUCUCAUCAGACGAAUAAGCAGAGCUUCGUAGGCACGCGAGGGUUGUUCAACUUUGAAAGCCAAGGAAUGGUUGACGACGGCGCUACAGGGCACGAACAAGCGUUUCAAAUCAAUCUCUUCACCGCCCUCAGACAAAUGGUUAAGUUUCCCGGAAAACGAAAAGCUUUUGUCAGAGUGUACGACUUUGCCAGCCAUAUCUGCCACGGUAUCCACCCGAAAUCACCUUCAAACCUGACCAUGAGAUGGGAAUACCUUGAAACGUGCCGCAAACCGUAA